AUGAAUGGACACAAGGAAGCUUCACCUGUUAAGCGUAAUGAUGAAUGUGGGGCUACACCGGAAAACCCUUGGGUGGUUGGUACUUCUACUCUAGCACCUUCAUCGGACAUAGACAUUUGUCCAUCUUCUGUCAGCAAGUUCAUGGCUAAGGCGAAUGGAAAAAAGGGUGCAACAAUCGAUAAGGAUGAGGAAGUUAUGUCUGGUAAGCGGAAGCGGACCAUUCCCAAGAAAUUUGAAUCCCCGUACGCACUUGACAAGCCCGGCAGGCGCACCAGUCGUGGUCAGAAACCCUCCGCUCUGUUUUCUGACAAUAAAGUGCUGGAGGUUGUGGCAGAUGAGUUGACGCCGGAAAUAAUUGAUGCAGCUGUUUCAUUUGUUGAGUUAGCUGCUAGCACCGAGAAGAAUAAGGGCAAAAACAUUUACUACAGUGAAGGGCGUGGCAUAUCUCUGACUUCCGAAAGGAUUCGACCGGUUAUUGAUGCUUAUAUGGGACAUUUGGAGCUGCGCGUUGGUCAUGAUCGUUACCUCUGUCCAACGUGGAGGUCCAAUUUCCUUGUAGAUCGUGCUAUCACACGAGAUGAUCCAUUGCCGUCGAGCUGCAACAUGGAUAGUGCUCUGUCCAAAGCUGGAGCAGUUAAUAGAGUCAUGAAAGAGUAUACUAUGCGUGAUAAGAUGACCGUGGUAAUGCACAUGAUCAAGCAAGAAUUCCAAGUUCUCGAUUCGCUCUAUCCUCUGGACCUGACUGAGAGGACUGUUAAAGCACUACGAAUGGCUAUAGCACACGACAUGCGUCAGGCAAAUCUUAUUACACCAGGGAAAUAUCCGAACGCCAGCGUUGAUGCUAGGAAAAGACGUUUCAUCGCCGAGUUGAUUAUGUCACCUUCGAACUCGAUGGAGUGUGUGAAGAACAAAAUUCGCGAAAUCGCAAAGAAAAGGCGUGCCUGA